GUUCAUGAACCACCCAGCUCCAGCAAACAGCCGCUACAAACCCACUUGCUAUGAACAUGCUGCUAACUGUUACACACAUGCAUUCCUCAUUGUUCCUGCGAUUGUGGGUAGUGCCCUUCUCCACCGGCUUUCUGAUGAUCGAUGGGAGAAGAUAACAGCGUGGAUGUACGGCAUGGGGCUCUGCGCGCUCUUCAUCGUCUCCACAGUGUUUCAUAUCGUUUCUUGGAAAAAGAGUCACUUAAGGACAAUGGAGCAUUGCUUUCACAUGUGUGACAGAAUGAUGAUCUAUGUCUUUAUCGCGGCGUCGUACGCACCAUGGUAA